UCCGGGGCUGGCGGGCGCGGGGAAAAUGGCGGCGGCGGCGACGGCAGCAGCGAACGGGACCGGAGGGAGCAGCGGGAUGGAGGUGGACGCAGCAGUCGUCCCCAGCGUGAUGGCCUCCGGCGUGACCGGCAGCGUGUCCGUGGCUCUCCAUCCCCUGGUCAUUCUCAACAUCUCCGACCACUGGAUCCGCAUGCGCUCCCAGGAGGGGCGGCCCGUGCAGGUGAUCGGGGCUCUGAUCGGGAAGCAGGAGGGUCGAAAUAUCGAGGUGAUGAACUCCUUUGAGCUGCUGUCGCACACCGUGGAAGAGAAGAUUAUUAUUGACAAGGAAUAUUAUUACACCAAGGAGGAGCAGUUUAAACAGGUGUUCAAGGAGCUGGAGUUUCUGGGUUGGUAUACUACAGGGGGGCCACCUGACCCCUCCGACAUCCACGUGCAUAAGCAGGUGUGCGAGAUAAUCGAGAGCCCCCUCUUUCUUAAGCUGAACCCUAUGACCAAGCACACAGAUCUUCCUGUCAGCGUUUUUGAAUCAGUCAUUGAUAUAAUCAAUGGAGAGGCCACAAUGCUGUUUGCUGAGCUGACCUACACCCUGGCCACUGAGGAAGCUGAACGUAUUGGUGUUGACCAUGUGGCCCGAAUGACGGCAACGGGCAGCGGAGAGAACUCCACUGUAGCUGAACACCUGAUAGCACAGCACAGUGCGAUCAAGAUGCUGCACAGUCGUGUCAAGCUCAUCUUGGAGUAUGUCAAGGCCUCUGAAGCAGGAGAGGUCCCCUUUAACCAUGAGAUCCUGAGGGAAGCCUACGCUCUGUGCCAUUGCCUCCCGGUGCUCAGCACUGACAAGUUCAAGACAGACUUCUAUGAUCAAUGCAAUGAUGUAGGGCUCAUGGCCUACCUUGGCACCAUCACCAAAACUUGCAACACCAUGAAUCAGUUUGUGAACAAGUUCAACGUCCUCUAUGAUAGACAAGGCAUCGGCAGGCGGAUGCGGGGACUCUUCUUCUGAAGAGAGCACUUGAAGGGAUCGCACCCAGGGCACUGGUAAAUGUCCAUAGGAGCCGGGCACUACCUCCCUCCAGAGAAACUGCUGUCAUUAAUAAAGGGGGAGCAGCCCUCAGCACC